AUGGAUAAUGCUUGCAUCUUGGGUAUUGAAGGCAGUGCGAAUAAAAUUGCUGUUGGUAUAAUCAGAGGAAGAGAAGUGAUAGCAAAUGUUCGAGAAACAUUUCAUGCUCCGACUGGUCAAGGAUUUCGCCCUACUGAAACAGCUAUACAUCAUCGACAAAAAAUCAACCAGAUUGUAAAACGUGCGCUUGAAGAAGCUAAAAUCGAAAAUGCUAGUAAAGAAAUCCAUGCUGUGGCUUAUACCAAAGGCCCAGGAAUGGGACCUUGUCUACAGGUUGGUGCAGUUGUCGCACGAACCCUGUCAAAAGUCUGGAAUAUUCCUCUUUUGCCCGUUAAUCAUUGUGUUGCUCACAUUGAAAUGGGUCGCUUUAUCACUGGUGCAGAUAAUCCAAUUGUGCUUUAUGUUAGCGGUGGUAAUACUCAGGUCAUCUCAUACUUAAAUGGUUACUAUCGAAUUUUUGGUGAAACUUUAGACAUUGCAGUAGGGAAUUGCCUUGACAGAUUUGCUCGUACCAUCAGUUUGCCUAAUGAGCCAUUUCCAGCCUCUAAUCUAGAACAAAUUGCUCUUAAAGGCAAAAAGCUAAUUAACCUACCAUACGUUGUAAAAGGAAUGGAUGUUUCAUUUUCUGGAAUUCUUUCUUUUCUCCAAAAGCAGGGUUUAUCAAUGGUGGAAAAUGGUGAAUGUACCAUUGCCGAUCUAUGCUUUUCUCUGCAGGAAACCGUUUUUGCCAUGCUUGUUGAAGUUACUGAACGUGCAAUGGCCCACUGUCACAGUUCUGAAGUACUUGUUGUUGGUGGAGUGGGAUGUAAUCAGCGAUUGCAGGAAAUGAUGAAUAUUAUGGCACAAGAAAGGGAUGCAAAGUUAUAUGCAACGGAUGAACGAUUUUGCAUCGAUAAUGGAGUCAUGAUCGCACAUACGGCGUGGCUAGGACUAGAUUAUCAUUCACUUCCUCCAUUUGUGGAUUGUACUUUUUCACAAAGGCAACGUACAGAUUCAGUUUUGAUUCCGUGGCGAAGUACUGCAGAUUGGCGUUCUAAUCAGGACAAAGCAUUUGCUAUAUGGUUAAGCUGUCGUAAAGUACUCCACUGA